CAAGAGGAGCGAAUGAGAGGAGGCGGAGAGGAGCUCGAGACCAGGAGCUGAGCAGGUGGUCGGAGCGGACAGAGCUGCACGCGCUAUACGAGAAACAACGUUAAAUACACUCACCUGGGUGACGUCAGCGUCCGUUUAGGUUUUAAUGCGGCAGCAGUGUGUGAAGCUGCAGACACACUCACACACCCACACCCGCACUUCUUACAGUGGACAGGUAGGAGAGACUUCCGCAUUACCUGAGUGACGCUGAGAGAUAAAACAACAACUGACCAGAGAUACAAACAACAGCAAGACAGGGCCCACCAUGCCGAUCGACAUGGCCCUGCCUCUGUACCUGUCCACCGAGGAGUUUGUCUUCAGGAAGUCUUCUAAACCUCGUAAACCUGCUCUGAACUCCUGUCUGAGGUUCCAGCGGUCUCCGUGCGUGGAGCCGGUGGAGCCUGAGGACGGACGAGGCUCCAGGAGAGACGGCAGGAAGGCCAAGAAGCAGGUGACGUUCGCGGACCACCGAGGCCUGUCGCUGACCAGAGUCAAGAUCUUCUCUCAGUUCGACGACCCCAUCGACAUCCCGCUGAACAUCCAGGAGAUGCUCAGCUCGGCUCUGUCUCUGACGGCCGAGGUGGACAAGCUGGUGCUGGACUUCGCUCAGCCCUCCUCCGACUACCUGCACUUCCGCCAGAGGCUGGAGAGGAACUACGUGUGCCUGGAGCACUGUGUGCUGAAGGAAAAGGCUUUGGCGGGAACCGUUAAAGUAAAAAACGUGUCCUUCCAGAAGUCCGUGAGGCUGCGGGUGACGUUCGACAGCUGGAAGAGCCACACGGACGUAGACUGUGAGUACAUGAAGGACUCGUAUCCCACCGCGUACAGCGACACCUUCUCCUUCGACGUCGGUCUGCCGGAGCAGCUGAGACCUUACGAACGCGUCGAGUUCGCCGUCUGCUACGAGGUGGACGGACACGAGUACUGGGACAGCAACGAGGGCGCCAACUACAGGAUCGUCUGGGCGUCCAUGAAGAAGAGCCGCCAGGACGCCUGCAGCCGCCACACCAGUUCCUUGGACUUUGGGAUUCACUUUGACCGAUACGGCAGCCCGACCUGCUCACACGGGAUCUUCCCCGACUGGCCGAGUUACGCUGGACACGAGAACUCGGGUCCGUACUACUGAACAAGUCGUUUCUGCUGAGUUAUUCUCUUCUUUACAUCAUGCUGCUGCUCAACCUGCUGCAACUUACAUUCGUUUUAUAUUACAAUUGUUGUCUUGAUUAAUUGAAAUAUUGUGAGUCGAAAAGUUUUUUUCAAUGUCUUGUUUGUCCAAAAAAAGAUUCCUGAUGUAAAGAAAUCCAAAUAUUAGGCUUUUUUACUUCUUGAUGAUCCAGUUACCUGCUGAUGAAUCAGAGCUGAAGUUCACUGACAGCAUCGUUACAACUCGUUUUAAAUUGUCUGUCUGUUCAGGCCAGUUUGAAAUUAAAUGUGUUAAUUUAUUGUAACUUUUAAACAGUGUAAUAAUUGUUGUUUGCCUGUUGCCUGAUGUUUCACUGCACCGUCACCAAAGCUUUGCACCUUUGACUCAAACAGGCUUCAUGCUGUUGGUUUGCACAGAAACACAAAGAGAAAAAAACACUUUGUCAUGUUUUAAUGUCUUUUUAUAAGCACAUGUGUCAGCGUUGGGGGUCUAAUGUGUCUGAGUGUGGAGGUUAAGAAGUGCUGGUCAAUAAAGUCAUACAUU